UCUUGUGUGUGUGCGCGUACUGGUUAGUCUGGUUUGGACUUUCUCAACACAUAGAACAAUACUAUGUGGUUUAGUAUUUUUGCACUUAUCACAGAUUAACAUUGUGAUGGCUGAUCCUCACUCUGUAAAUCUAGAUCUCUGCUCUCUUGAGGAGGGGGUUUCUUCACCCCAAUCUCCAAGCAGGCAUAGAAUGUCCAUAGAAACGGGUCUUAUCAGGACUACAUAUGGCCAAAUGGCAGAGAGAAAAUGGUCUGACCUUCCUUCUGACCUGUUAUCACCAAUUGCAGAUAGGUUAGGCCUAAUUGAGCUUCUCAGUUUCCGUGGUGUCUGCAAGGAUUGGAAAUCUGCUUCUACCACAGCUUCGGCUGAGAUUGAGUCCUUACCAGAUCAUGAACCUUGGUUUCUGGUGUAUGGUUCGAAUUCUGAAUGCAUUUUGUUAAGCAACUCGGGUAAAAAGUACACCAUUAAUAUCCCAGAAUUGAAUGGAGCAACUUGCCUUGCAUCAAACAAAGGAUGGCUUCUUAUGUUCCAAGAAGGAUCCAUGUUCUUCUUUUGUCCCUUCUCUCAUGCUAAAAUAGACCUUCCAAGGUUCCCUCACUCGCAAGUCACUGACCACGUUGCUGCGUUUUCAUCACCUCCUACUUCUCAAGACUGUCUUGUUGCUGUUAUUAAUCGUAGUAGUGAAACCACAUUGGAGUUGAAUAUGCUUUGUCAUGGGGCGAAGGUUUGGACUAAUCACAAAGGGUAUCUUCCGCGAGACACCAUAAAGACAAUCAAAGGUGCUACUUAUCAUGAUGAAGAAUUUUACUUCUUUGACAAUUCAGAGAAUCUAGUUACCUUUUCAAUUGACAAAAGCUGGAAUUUCUUUGUUAUAAUUCCUCGUCCAAAAGAUAAAUUUCCGGGUAUAAAUGAUCUACCAAUUGGUCGUAGGAUGAGACAUUUUAUACAUAUGAACAUGAAGAAUGAAUUGGGGUUGCCAGAGAAUGUUUCCAUUUCUACUUGUGGGACACUAGUUCAUGAUCGUAUUGACAAGCUCGUACUUAAUGAGAGGAUUGAAGCUGCUGAAGAUUCCAUAAGCUACCAACUUAAAGGGGUGUGGAUCCAACCAAGAUUUUUCCAAGUCUCUCCAAAUCAGAGCUGGUCACUAUGAGGACUUACCCUUUUCAGAUUAUCUCUCUCUUGCUCUUUUUCAAGUUUUUGUUUAGGCACAUUCUUCUGUGUUUUAUGGAAGCACUUGACUUUAUAGCUGCUUGCAUAAUUAUUAAGGUCUUUUAUGUUGGUGAGCUUAGUAAGAAAAUUCCAAUUCCAAGUAGUAA